ACUUAUAUAUUGUAGUAUAUAGUGUAUAAACAAACUUUAACCCGAGCUAGUUAUCCUUACAUCCGGGUGACUUACAGUCGUUAGCUUUAAAGCUAGCUGUCAGUUAGCAGGGCUAAUUAACGCUAAGCUAACGCUAGAUGCUAUCUGAUCCGUUAGAAACCACAUACCGGUCUGUUAGCCUCCGUGCGUGUGUCGGUGGUCCUCUGAGAGACCGGAGACCGUUAAACCGUAAACUGUCUCUUGUUGACCGGUUGCUGCUCCGCUGCAGCUUAGCAACAAACCGACGUAACCUCCGGUGACGUCACGACGCAACGUUUUUGAAACAACAUUUGAUUCACGAAUUUUACUGGGAACAUAUUAAUUACUUAAGGAGUACGGGGAUUUUUCAUAGGAUGUGUGACGUCAUUUAUCUUUAUUUAAUUUAUUUAUUUGUAUUAUUAUUAUGCAGGGCUUUAGAUUGUGAACCAAAAGCGCACACUCCGGAACAGAAAGGUGGCGGUAAUGCACCAUUGAGCUGGAUGCCAACCGCAGUAAAACUCGACAAAGAAGAAGAAGAAGAAAUAUAGGAGGAAGAAGCCAGUAUAAACAAACAUGGCCGCGGUGGACGUGGAGGACGAGAGUCUCCUCGCCUCCAUCUUUAAGGACCGCUUCUCCCCGGACUGUAACGCCUAUCUGUCGGAGCUGAGCUCCCUGAGGCUGGAGCAGCUGGUCCGGGAGCCGGAGAGACUGCAGGAGGACCGGGCUCUGAUCCUCCAGCAGACCCGGGACCUGGCCUUCAGGAACUACCAGACCUUCAUCCGGACAGCCAACUGCACGGAGCUCAUCUACCGGGACUUCAGCCGGGUGGAGGGCAGCGUGAACCGGCUGAUCGGGAAGCUGCCGGGGCUGGGGGAGAGAUGCAGGGGCUUCAUGAAGGAGGCGGAGGAGAUCGGGUCGAGCCGGAGGAUGAACAGUUUGACGCUGAACCGGCACACGGAGAUCCUGGAGAUCCUGGAGAUCCCGCAGCUCAUGGACACCUGCGUCCGAAACGGAUACUACGAGGAGGCUCUGGAGCUGGCAGCGUACGUGAAGAGGCUGGAGAGGAAACACUCGACUCUGCCCGUCAUCCAGGGCAUCGUGCGCGAGGUGCGUCAGUCCACGUCUCUGAUGCUGAACCAGCUCCUGCAGCAGCUGCGCAGUAACUCCCAGCUGCCCGUGUGCCUGCGUGUGAUUGGCUACCUGCGCAGGAUGGACGUGUUCACGGAGGCGGAGCUUCGGGUGAAGUUCCUGCAGGCGCGCGGCUCCUGGCUGAGCUCCAUCCUGGCCGCCGUGCCUAACGACGACCCCUACUUCCACAUCACCAAGACCAUGGAGGCGUGCCGCGUGCACCUGUUCGACGUCAUCACGCAGUACCGCGCCAUCUUCUCCGACGACGACCCCCUGCCCGGCAGCCAGGUGAACGAGGCGGCCAUCUUCCACGGCUGGGUGGUGAAGAUGGUGUCCGAGUUCCUGCAGACGCUGGAGAGGGACCUGCAGCGAGGGGUGGGGGGGCGUCUGGACUCCCUGCUGGGUCAGUGCAUGUACUUCGGCCUCUCCUUCAGUCGGGUCGGGGCAGAUUUCCGCGGCCAGCUGGCUCCGAUGUUCCAGCGCUCGGCGGCGGAGACGUUUCGCGGCGCCGUGUCGGAGGCGCUGGAGAGGUUCCAGGAGGACAUGAACGUGUACACCCUGAUCUCCAUGCCCUCUGUGCUGGGUGGCUCCAUCCCCCCCCAGCAGGGGCCCCAGCCCGGCACCCUGCAGCCCCCCCUCUCUCUGCUGGACUUCACCCCGCUCGCCUGCUUCCUCAACAACAUCCUGAGCGCCUUCAACGACCUCAGGCUCUGCUGCCCUGUGGGCCUCGCUGAGGAGGUGAGCGUCUGCCUGCAGGACGCCAUGGCCAACGUGACGCGUCAGGUGUUGCUGUUCCACCGUGCGGAGGAGUCAGCGUUCAGCGCUCGAGAGAAAGACCUCUUCCUGUCGUUCUGCUGCUCGUACGCUGAGGAUCUGCUGCCUUUCAUCAACCGCUGCCUUCAGAUCCUCUUCCCGCCCAAUCAGAUCGCUCUCAUCCUGGGAGUUCCCGUCUCUCAGCUGCACAGAUUCGGUAGUUUGGGAAACAUCGACAUCGCCGCCAUCCUGACGCCACUCAGCUUCCUGCUGCCGCAAAUCGAAAUUGCGCCGGAGGAGAUCCAACUUCCAGAAAUCUCCUCCGAUAUCGACAUCUCCCCCGAACUCAGCGGUCUCACGUUGGAGACGCAGCGACAGGAAGUGCAGACGCAGCAACAGGAAGUGGAGACGCAGCAACAGGAAGUGGAGACGCAGCAACAGGAAGUAGAGACGAAGCAACAGGAAGUAGAGACAAAGCAACAGGAAGUGGAGACGCAUCAACAGGAAGUAGAGACAAAGCAACAGGAAGUAGAGCUGAGCAAGGAAACGGGAAAAAGCGAUUCUGAGGAUCAGGACGAAGACUUUUCUCUGGAGUGACGACAAUUAUUUAAUAACUCUACUCUAUUAAUAAUAAUUAAAAAUGAAAAUAUAAUAAUGAUUUCUCCAUUGGGAGGGUUCCCUGCUGUGGGGAUGGGACGUUCAAAUGAUUUAUUGGAAAGAAGACUCUUAUUUAAGGCAAAGGGAAAUGCUAAGUCUGUGUUCACGCCUCUUUUUAUGCAUUUGCCCUUAAAGUCCAGAUAAUGUUGAAAUAUUUUUAUAAAGUGUUUUUCUUUUGGCUGAGGUGUAAAGUUGGUGUAUGGAUAAAAGCUAAGUGUAAACAUUUAUAGUGAAUAAAUGGGAUUUAUAGUGUAA